UUGUUUCAAGAGAGAGAGAAAAAAAAGAAGACUGAACAGAGCAGAACAGAGAGUGUAAAAGCGACGACACGAAUUCAGAAAAUUGAAAGCAGAGAGAAAAAUCAGUAGAAGAAGAAGAAGAAGAAUGGCCUUCUAUGGCGAUGACGACGACCACUGGAAAUGUCCAAAACACCCUUCCAAGCGGCGGAGAACCGGAAUCUGCCCUCUCUGCCUCCGCGACCGCCUCGUCUCUCUCUGCCCUGACUGCGCCACCGUCCGCCCCUGCGCCUGCUCCGCCACCGCCUCUUCUUCUUCCUCUUCUUCCUCCUCGUCUUUCUCCCGCGGAUCCGUCGGGCGCGUCUCCAGUUUGAUCGACAGCGAGCCGGCGUUCCGCCGCUCGCGCUCCGUCGCCGCGGCGGUUCCGUUUCUGCGACCGAGAUCGAGAUUCGUCGUCGAUGUCCACGGCGACGGCGACGGGGACGACUGUUCCUCGGCGUCCGGUUACAGCGCCAGAGGAGCGCUGUCGUUCUGGUCGAUGUUCUGGUCGCGGAAGAGCAAGAAGAGCCAGGACGGCGGAAAAAUCGAGGCGGCGGCGGGAGUCGAGGAAGCGAUGCGGCGGACGAUGAUGAUCCGGUCGAGAUCGGUUGCGGCGGUUUCUGACUCCAGCGGGAAGUUCGUGCGGCCGCCGCCGGCGAAGGGGCGGGGAUGGUACUUCCCGAGUCCGAUCAAAGUAUUCCGGCAACCGAAGAUUCCCAAGCCCGUUCUUACGGAACGGUCUCCGUUACACAGAGGUUGAAAUUCUUUUUUUGAAUUUCAAAAUUUCCGUUGAAAAAGAAAAAAAUCAAAACAAUAUUCGAAAUUAACGAAGCUGAAGCCCAAACUGAAGCUGUAACUGAAAACGAAGCAUAUGCAUUUUUUUUUUAUUAUUAUUAUUAUUUUUUGCCUCUUGGAAUUAUGUGGAAUGAUGAUGGAAUUAAAUUAUGUAACUAAUUUGAUUACUGCAAAUUUGAGCUUUUAAUUAA